AUGUCACUGGGGCUCAUGGUUUUUUCCCUCUCUGUCAUGUUUAAGUAUGAUUUUUCAGCAAAACUGCUAGAAAUCAGCUGUUGUUUCACUGCUAAUGAGAAUGUUUCACUACCUGUGCCUCUAACUGGUCAAUUCACAGACACGACAACUUCAAGUUCUGUAUGUAAAGAGAAGAAAGAUAGCAUUCUGCUCAAGAAAGACAGCAACAAAGCUGGAGUAGUAAAUAGAGCAACAGCCACAAACAACGACCUUCUUAAAGCAAUGUUUCGCCUUGAUUUGCAGUUUGAAAUACUCCAUACAGACCCUGGCAACAAUUGUUUGAAGACCCUCACUGGUCAUUUUAAAAAAAUGUCAUUGACCAAUUGA